AUGUCGUCAACAUACUCUUCCCUUUUUGGAGCUUCGCACGUGCAGUCGGACUCGCCAGACUGCGACUUGGGCAAGCUGAACGGUCUCGAAGGCUUGCCGCUCGAGAUCAUAUUCGACAUAUACCAACAACUUGACGUGGAAAGUAUUUUCUCUUUGGCUCAGGUCAAUACCCUUUUCCACGGACUUCUGAAGAGGAACAAGGCGGUCGUCCUGCUGCCCGUUCUUGAGCGAGAAUUCAGCCCGUUUCCAGAGUUGCUUCAAGUCUUCACGGCAUCGGACCGGGAUAUGUUUCAGUACGGAGAUACUUUCCAGCCGCGAAGGGUCGUUUUCAGACGGUUUCCAGGCGACAUGACGGGCAUAACUUUGUCUAGCGGUGGUAUCCAGCACAGCCAGAGCAUGGCCCCCGAGCAUGCGGUGCUUGCCAGUAUCCUUGACGGCGGAACCCUAGCCAAGAAAAGCCCCUUGCCGCCGCGGCGGUCAGUCACGCUAGUCGACAGAGACUUAAGUUCCUUGCUGAAGUAUUGCUUGUUGGUACGACGAUGGGAAGAGCUUUUCCCUCAGCUUCACUGGUUCACGGCGCCUGAAGAUUGUCGCCAACUCAGUGAAGCAGAGAGGUUCAAACUUCGCCGUGCUCUCUAUCGUUGGUGGCUAUACGCCUAUUACUUUCACGGCGAGCUUCCCCGGCCUCGGAGUGGUCAGCCGGAACCGUUCGUCAAUGAUGUGCGGGUCAGUCACAUGAGACUUUAUCCGACUCGCGAGUUGAUGGAGUUGAUGGACCUCUUCCUGUCAAUGAAGGACCUUGUCAGACACUAUAUUUACCCCAAUCUUGAGCAGAAUCUAGAGCCGGUCGACGAAAGCAGUCCGCUUGAAACGAUGAUUGAGAGCAGUAUCCGCGAGCGCAUCGUGGACACAUAUGCCAAGCUUGAUCCCAGAGACCUGAUGUUCUACUUUCAGAACUUAUUUAAUUACCCUCGAAAGCGACUGGUGACGGAUGUAAACCUCAGGCACCCCGCCUUCUCUCAAGACCGAGAAUCUCUCGUGGCCGCGGUCCAGGCGGCGGCAGGCGAGCGACCAUGGCUAUAUGAUAUGGCCGAUUUGAGCAGUGCAGGUGGUAUCGUGCAUCCUGACGAUUCCGAUGUUGAUGAGCGGCUUAGUCGUGAUGGCAGCCGUUAUGGCUCGAUUCCACCCCCAGGAGCUUUCCGGCGUCCUAUUGGGAACUGGGCUCCUCCCGGGGACGACGGUCGAGCUCUCGCGGAGCGGAGUCACUUCCAAGGCUGGCGGGACUCUUGA